AUGAAUUUACCUGGACCAAUACACGAUUUUCUUUUAGUCUUUCUGGGGUCGGGUCUAAUCUUAGGAGGUCUAGGAGUGGUAUUACUUCCCAAUCCAAUUUAUUCUGCCUUUUCAUUGGGAUUCGUUCUUGUUUGUAUAUCUUUAUUCUAUAUUCUAUUGAACUCCUACUUUGUAGCUGCUGCGCAGCUGCUUAUUUACGUAGGAGCUAUAAAUGUUUUAAUCAUUUUUGCUGUGAUGUUCAUGAAUGGCUCAGAAUAUUACAAAGAUUUUCAUCUUUGGACUAUUGGGGAUGGAGUUACUUCGGUGGUUUGUACAGGUCUUUUUAUUUCACUAAUUACUACUAUUCCAGAUAUGUCAUGGUACGGUAUUAUUUGGACUACAAAAUCAAACCAGAUUCUAGAGCAAGAUUUGAUAACUAAUAGUCAACAAAUUGGAGUUCAUUUAUCAACAGAUUUUUUUCUUCCAUUUGAACUCGUUUCAAUAAUUCUUUUAGUUGCUUUAAUAGGUGCAAUUGCUGUAGCUCGUCAAUAA